GUGGAGCGCGCCGCGGAGGUGCGGGCCUUCCCCGCCCGUCGUGGCCGCUGGGGCGCUGCCGCUCCCGCUCCCGCUCCCGCUCCCGCUCCGCCGAGCUCCUCCCCGCUUCGUGCUGCGGCCGGCAGGCAGCGCCGCUGCUUCGGGCGGCUACCUGUUCGGGAGGUCGUGAGCUCCCCCGCGAAGCAGGUCUGCACCUAGUGCCAGGUGAAGAAGCAGUGUGCAGUUUGCUUUUUUCAUGGUCCAGAAGUGCACAAAGUUAGUUGUGGCCAAAAUCCUUCCGUUUGGAUUCUGAACUAUGACAUCAUGGCAAGAUUUCGCAGAAGAACGUGCAUCAUUUUAUUGCUUUUUAUUUUAUUUAUUUGCUCCAUAAUGAUGGCUUUGAAGACUCUCAGACUUGACAGAGCUGGCUUUGGGGAUCCGUUUGGACUUGGUCUGUUGCCUGAACUUCAACAACGAACAGUGUUUUUAGAAAAUAAACAGAAUUCACUAAAUAGGGUUCAAGGAGAUACUGUAACACAUGUCAAUAAUUUUCACAGUAGCACAGUCAAUACUAUGAAAGCAUCUAUGCCUCCCGUAAACAAGCUGGAAGAAGAGCUGUCUUCUCCUAAUUAUAACUUUCAUGUAUUCUAUUACAGUUGGUUUGGGAAUCCACAGUUUGAUGGUAAAUAUAUUCACUGGAACCAUCCAUUGUUGCCACAUUGGGAUCCCAAAAUUGCAAACAAUUAUCCCAAAGGAAGGCAUAAUCCUCCUGAGGACAUUGGAGCCAACUUUUAUCCUGAACUUGGAUCUUACAGUUCCAAAGACCCUUCUGUCAUAGAAGCCCACAUGAAGCAAAUGCGUUCAGCUUCAAUUGGUGUAAUAGCGCUUUCAUGGUACCCACCAGGUAUGGCUGAUGAAAAUGGAGAACCAACCGAUGAUUUGGUGCCUGUAAUUUUGGAUUUUGCACACAGAUACGGUCUAAAGGUUACUUUUCAUAUUGAACCCUACAAAGAUAGAGAUGAUCGCAGUAUGUACAACAAUGUCAAAUACAUCAUUGACAAAUAUGGAGGCCAUCCAGCCUUUUACAGGUAUAAGACCAGCACAGGCAGAUUUCUUCCCAUGUUUUAUGUUUAUGACUCUUACGUAACAAUUCCUGAAAUAUGGGCAAAUCUGCUAACUGUUUCUGGAUCCCAGACUAUUCGAAAUACUCCAUAUGAUGGAUUAUUCAUUGCACUCCUAGUGGAAGAAAAACAUAAGCAUGAUAUUCACAGAAGUGGCUUUGAUGGAAUGUACACGUACUUUGCCACCAAUGGCUUCUCUUAUGGCUCAUCUCAUCAUAAUUGGGCAAAUUUAAAAGCCUUUUGUGAUAGUAACAACUUAAUGUUUAUUCCAAGUGUGGGGCCAGGAUAUAUUGAUACCAGUAUCCGACCAUGGAACAACCACAAUACUCGUAAUCGUGUUAAUGGAAAGUACUAUGAGACUGCCUUUAGUGCAGCACUUUUGGUGCGACCAGAAAUUAUUUCUAUCACAUCUUUUAAUGAGUGGCAUGAAGGAACACAGAUUGAAAAAGCUGUGCCGAAACGGACUGGACAGGUAGCUUAUCUUGAUUAUAAGCCCCAUAAACCAAAUGUUUACUUAGAGCUCACUCAGAAGUGGUCUGAGAAGUAUAGAAAAGAAAAAGAACAGUGGCUGAUGUGAGCUAUUGUUACUGCAGUUCUUUCUUAACGCAUCAAAUACAUUGAGACAGAAAUAGAGCUGAAAAAUCUGUUGUUAAAUGUCUUCUAUUAUACAUAUGUUCAAAUUGGUUUAUUCUUUGAAUGUAUAUGCAUUACUACUGAAUUUGAGUAUUGAGGAGUAAAAAAUUAAUGAGCAAUAUUGACAUUUCCAGCUUAUUGGAUGUUUGAGAAUAUUCAGGGAAAUGCUUGUUUGUUUUUUAAUCCAUUACUUGCAUGCUGAGCUUACAGAUCAUCUGCAUUGAAUGACUCAUACAUGACUGAAGUAGAAGAAAAGUUUGGCAUAUUUACUUCCUUUAUUCAUAUAGUUGUGUUUCUAUUCAAGGUAACGCUAUAAGCUAAAUUUUGUCAUGAUAGCUUCUUGCAGGAUACAUGCCUCUAGUGCAUGGAAUAAUCAACGUCUACUGUUUGUAUGCUUUGCACUUAGAUAUCGAUACAUGACAAGUUUGUGGUAAAAACACCAAAGUGGUAUAUGUGGUGUGACUUCAAUAGUUUUUAUUUAAAAGAAGAAAAGUAUAUUUGAAAGAUUCACAGAAUCACAACAUAAUUGAGGUUGGAAGGGACCUCAGGAGAUCAUCUGGUCCACCCCCACUGGUCUUGCAGGGUCAGCUAGAGCGGGCUGCCCAGGACCAUGUCCAGCUGGGUGUCAAAUAUCACCAAGGGUGAGGAUUCCACAGCCUCUGCAGGAAACCUGUUCCAGUGUUCAACUACUCUCACAGUAACGUAGUUUUUCUUAUGUUCAAGUGGAAUUUCCUCUGUUUCAGUCUAUGCCCAUUGUCUCUCGUCCUGUCACUGGGCACCACUGAGAAGAGUUUGGCCUGAUUCUCUUUGGACCCUCUUGUCACGUAUUUCUACAUAUUGAUAAGAACUUCCCUGAGCCUUCUCUUCUCCAGGCUGAAUGGUCCCAGCUCUAUCAGCUUCUUCUCGUACAGGCAAUGCUCCAGGCCUUUAAUCGUGCUUGUGCCCCUUUGCUGGACUUGCUGCAGCAGAUCCAUGUCUGUCUUGUACUGGGGAGCCCAGAACUGGACACAGUACUCCACAUGUGGCCUCACCAGUCUAAGUAGAGGGGCAGGAUCACCUCCCUCGACCUAUUGGCAAUGAUCUACCUAAUGCAGUGCCGGACAGUGUUGGCCUUCUAGGCCCACAGGGGCACAUUGCUGGUCUGUGUUCAACUUGUCCAUCAGGGACCCCGGUCCUUCUCUGCAGAGCAGCUCUCCAGCUGUUUGGCCCCCAGCAUGUACUGGUACCUGGGAUUAUUUCUCCCCAGGGGAAGAACUCUGCACUUUCUUUUAUUGAACUUCAUGAGGUUCCUCUCUGCCAUUUCUCCAGCCUGUCCAGGUCCCUCUGCAUGGCAGCACAACCACUGGUGGUGUAUCAGGCACUCCUCCCAGGUUUGUAUCAUCUGCGAACUUGCUGAGGGUGCACUCUAUCCCUUCAUCCAGGACACUGAUGAAGACAUCAAACAGUUUGGGCCCCAGUAUCGACCAAUGGCAGACACCACUAGUGACCAGCCUUCAGCUGGACUUUGUGCCUCUGACCACAACAUCUGAGCCUGGCAGUUCAGGCAGUUUUCAGUCUGCCUCACUGACCGCUUACCUAGCGUGCACUUUUAUCAGCUUGUCUGUGAGGGUAUGACACUAUGACAGUGUCAAAAGUCUUUACUAAAGUCAAGGCGAACAAUAUCUGCUUCUCUUGCCUCAUCCACCAAACCAGUCAUCUCAUCAUGGAAGGCUAUCAGAUUGGUUAAGCAUGGUUUCCCCUUGUCCAGUUCCAAAUCCUUCCUGAUUCUGUUUCAAAGAGCUGCUGAAAGCUUUUUGUUGUAAUUUCAUUUAUUUUGUUCAGUACAUAAUGCAGCCUUCUGCCGAUUACUGGAUACUGACUAAUUGCACAGAGAUUUUUCUGUUCUACCAAUACCACCUGUGGCAUGGCUGGAAAUGAGUACUUUCCAGCCUGAUACUACUUUUUUCACUUUUUUCCACUACUACUUUUCAUUAGACUACUUUCCAGUAUUCUUUCAGACCUAAGAGUCUCAGUUUUCAAAUGUUUUAAGUGGUAUUUGCUCUUUUUCUUAGUGGACCUUGAAGGUACCAAGUUGCAUGGAUGCAUCUCUUCAGAAUGUGGUUUCUGGCAUUUUCUGUAGGACUUCACAGAACAAGUCCCAAACUUUGGACUAGGAGGAAUUGCAAUAUUUUGUCCCUUUGCAACAAGUGUUUAAUCUGUAACAGAAUGAUUUUCUUUGAUUUUGUGUGCAUAUGUGUGCAUGUAUGUUUUUAUACUAGUGCUGUUUCUGUGGUGUAGCUGGAACUGUUGUGGCAACUAGAAUCCUAUUGAUUUCAGAAGGACUUUUUAUUCAUUACCCACAGUAAUUACAGUAAUUACUCGCACUGUUUACUCAACUACUCAUGUUAUUCAUGUUACAACUUCAUGGACAGACUAUGGGGACUUGUGGGUAAAAAAAGAAAACAAAAAGGGAAAGCAGUUUGUUUUUUCCUGAAACCUGUGUUAUUCUAAAUAAAUUUAAACAAGUUACUGCAAAUAUUGUUAGAGUCCUUCUGAUACAAAAAAGACUUGUUUAUGUAUCUUUCACUCAUCUUAGUUUGAUUUCUCUGCAGCUAUGAAAGAGAUGGGUUUCACGUAAGCUGCCUCAGAAAUGCAUAAAUUGACUGGCAGAUAUAUAACCUGGCAUGUUGAAGUGCACCUCUGGAGUUACUGUGGUCUUAUCUCUUCAUUUUUUGCUUUUUCAUAUUGUGUUUCUGAAUACUUCAAAGUGCUUUUUUGAAAUGUCUACUAAUACUUGCUUUGUUUUGCUUAUUCUCAGGUGGAUAAAUUGAAGUAGAUAUUGGUAUGACUUACAACAGUCACACAGUUAUGGCUGAAACAUAUGAAGCACUUGUUAGACUUUUACUCCUUCCGGGUUAACCACUCUAUCCUUUAGUUAAGGAAACUGAUUUACCCACUUUUAGUAUAAAUCUCUUAAAUAGCUAUACAUAAUUUGUUUUUAUAGUUUGUUUUAUUUGUAUUCAUUUACAGUCAAGAGAUCUCACUUAUUUUAAAUGUAAAGGGAUGAUCUAGCUUUUUGGAGUAUCUAGGAAAGCAUAUAAUAUUAAUGAUUAUUCUGAAUUCAAACCUUUUGAAAAGACAAGUCUUUUUUAUUUUCCUUGUUUAAACUUUUGUCAUCUGCUAGGCUUUUCUCAGUGUACUUGCCUGAACUGUUUAUUAGUCUUGACAAUUUUGCACUCAGCUUUCAGCUCCCUACUUCCCCCAGUAACAGUUUUUCUCUGAAGGUUACAAUUGCUUCUUGGGUUGGUGAUUACAGAAACGUUUGAAAUCUAUUGUGGAGUUUUGUACAACUGAGAUGAUUUUUCUUUAUUUAAAAUAUGAUUUAUGUUAACUGUGUAAUAGAUCUUCAUUACUUGCAAAGACUUGUAUAAUGCAAUAAAGGUUUAUUUUAACCCUUGCCAUAAAGUGGUAUGGGCUAUGACAUGUAGAUGUCUAAUGGGAACUUUAGAAUAAUUUACUGAAUUUCUACUGAAAAGAAUGAAAAUUAAGUGCCUAGAAACUGAUCGCUGCUGAGUGCUUUACUGUAUUCUAAUGUGCUUAGUAUGUUUUACAAUCUAAAUAUGCAACUGGAGAAAAUAUUUCAGAGUUUGGAGUUUAAUUUGAGGUUCCUCUAGAGAGCUGGUGGAAUAGCAGCCACUAAAAGCUACUCUACCUCCUUACCCAAUAUUUUCUUUAUACUUAGAGUAAAUAUUAGCACUACUUCAUGUUUUAGGGGAUAGAAGAGUUUUUUACUUGUGGACUACUGGCUACAGUCAUAAUAGCUUGUUGGAAAUGUAAUUAAAAAUAUAAAUGGGCAAAGAUUUGCAAAAAUACAAAGAAAUAAGAUUCUCUGUUAUGAGUGGACAGAUAAGGUUAAAAAAUGAUGAAUGGACUUAGAAGUUGAUUGCACCAAGGUUUAUAGUUCCUUUUUGGAAAAAAAAAAGAAAAAGGUGGGGGGGGGACAAAAAACCCACUCCAGUGCGCAACCAAAAUCGGGAGAGAGGGAAGAAUAUUUGUUAUGGGUCAAGAUCUUCAAUGGAAUCUAAGGGAAUAUCUAAAUCCUAUCUCACUUUGCUGUUGGCUUAACAUCCCUGUUUUUUCCUGACUAAUUCUUUUUUAAAAAAGUAAUGAUUACUAUUAAUGUCUUUACACUGAUUAACUGCAGUUGGCUCAUCUUGUCAUAACUUUACUGUAAGUGAUAUUCCACAUUUAUGUAGAUUAGGCAAGAAAUACUAUGGGAAGUUUAAGUAGAGAUCAUGCUAUGCUAUAUCUUUGCCCAUAUAUCUGAAAUUAUUGAUUUCAUACUGCUGCCUGAGUAUGCCCAGGGUAUAUAAGCUGGGGAAAUGAUCUCUGAGACAAGUAGCAAGUCUUUGUGGUGAUAGAUAACUUGCUUCUAAGUGAAGCUUUAUAGGUUCACUUCCACUUCUGUCAAUUGUGCGCAAGUAAACUGUUUCAGUUUAGUGGGCUAUCUCAGGACUGAAUCUUAAUACAUCUUAUCUGAAAUCAAAAUUUAUAUUAAAUCUUACAUGGUAGUGCAUCUUUCUCAGAAACUUGUACUAAAUUUUAUUUCAAGGGAAAGAGAAUGUGCAUAUGCUGUUACUUCUAUGGCAAGGAGUAGAUUAUUGUGAAUGUACUUUCUGUACUGGUGUUCAUCACAUUUGUUUAAUGCCUUUCUUUCGAGGUGCCCGUGAUUUGUCUCUUAACAUGAUGUUUAAGCAGAAGGGUCCUUGGUAAACCCAUGUUUAUUAUGAGACUAUGCACACUGUACAUAACUUGAAUUCACAUUUUGCAUAGGGCUCUUAGGUUCUCUUGAAAAUGUUUUACGGGAGUUAGUGUUUGCAGGACUGUGUUGCUGGUGGGAGAAUAUAUCUCUGUGCACAUAGACAAAGACAUGCUGUGUUUUAGGGUUUUUAUUGUGAAUCUUGUGUACCUAAAUAUUAAAGAGGAAAUAAACUAUUUACAGAUGAAUUAUAUAGCACUGAAUGUAAUCUACAAAUUUCUCUGCCAGUCUUUGAGGUAUGUUACAGUAUUGGUCCUGGUCCUUCUACUUGAAAAAAUGAUGUCAAUAUUUCAUUCCUUUCCUUGUCAUCUGUUACUUUUGACCAACAUGCUAAGUGUUGCAUAAACUUUUAAAGUGACUCUAAUUAUAAGACUUCAUAAUUUUAUUCUUUGGUAAAGAGAAUCUACAAAAUUAUUGGUACUGCAGAAGUGCCUGAUACAAAUUCAAUAUUGUAUAGUAUGGUUUUAUUGUGAAUUGAUGGCAUAUCUUUAUGUAUUGAACAUGGAUAAAUAAAACAUAUUCGAGUUGCUUUAAUACCCUUCCUGGCUGCAGCAGAGAUACAUUUACUUGCAUGCGCACAUAAAGAUAAGUGUGUGUAUAUAUGCAUAUAAAGUCAUUCUUUUAAAGUACUAUACCUUAUAUUAAAUGUAGGAGAAUCUAGUCUACAGUUCUUUUUUUCAGUAAGCAGUGUUUCUAACUUCCAAUAAUGUUUACAAAAAAACCCUUGUUGCUCAUGUAUUCAAUACUUUCUUGAACAAUAAAUGAAUGCCAAAAAGUGAUUUAAAUGGAGUGUGUGAUAACACUUAUUGAAUAGUAUGAGUUUAGAAAGGGAAUUUCUACUUUAUCACAAUAUAGGUUUAGAUUUGCGUAAAACUGAAAACAGGCUCAUUACAGUAUUAUUUUUUUUUUUUUAAACAGGCAAGACUGCUGAAAUUUUAGGCCUAUUUGUAUUUAGUUAAGCUACUGCAUUCACUUGCGCAUAAUGCACAGUGUGUUUGAGUCUUUAGGUAGUAUGUUUUUUGACAAAGUGAAACUGAAGUUUACAGUUUAAAUAGGAGUUUAAGAUGCAUGGGUACAUACAUAACUAGUCUUACAACAGAAAGGUUUACAAAUAAAUACUAGGAUGGUGUCCAAGAAACAGUUGUUGCCUUUUGAUUGUAUGUGAUGCUCUUCAAGUAGAAAAACUGUCAAGAAUGUAAAGGUUGCCAGUUUACAUAAGUUAACAAAAGAAUUAUGUGAAAUUAUCCUCUCACUAUUUGAAAGGUAUGUUUUGUUAUUCCCAGUAAACUUGAUAAGAAACAGGGUGAAAUUAAUCCAAACAUAUAUUAUUACAUAUUUCUAUAUAUGAAUCAUGGUAUUUUGAAAUGUUUGAUAAUUUCACCCCUUCAAGUUUUGCCUGUGACAUAAGUGACUUACCACUGUAGUUAAGGUAGAAUAUUUUGCUGUAUAAUACAAAUGAUUUUGUAUAGUCUUAAAAAAAAAAAGAAAAAAGUGUGUCUCAGGAAAUGCAACAUGUAAUCAACACAAAGUGUACUUGAAAUUUGAAUUUAUGUAAAUACCUUGCUAUGUAAUUGACGCUUUAGUAGGGGACUGUGAAGUACUUCUCUGUGCUAGUCUAUAAAAUAUCUUUUAAGGGGUUUCAUGUCAUUACAUCUAAAACUCAUACUGAGAAGUAUUAGAGAUAACAAUGAAAUAAGAGUUACUGUCUUUUCGUUUAACUUCUCUGGUCUUUUUAUACAACAUGUAAAUGUAUGUUCAAUAAAUUGUGUGUGAAUGCAAGGAA